CUCCCCGGCGUGCCGAGUCGGCGCUUGUCAGCGGAGCACCGGUGUGCCCAAACUCGCUCCGCGUGUCCCCGGGUCCCCUCGGCAGCCAGCGAUGACCGAUGCGGUGGUGGGCGGCAGCUCUGACCGGUGGAUGUGCCCCGGCGACAGGACCAUGUCUCUCCGGGCCAGCAGCGAGAAGGAGCAGCUCCCCGCCGGCUGGGCAGCGCGGGGCGGCCAGCCCGACCGGCAGCGCAAGAGCGAGGAGCUGACGGACGAGGAGAAAGAGAUCAUCAACCGAGUCAUCGCCCGGGCCGAGAAGAUGGAGGAGAUGGAGCAGGAGCGCAUCGGGCGACUGAUGACCCGGCUGGAGGACAUGCGCCGGAGCGUGCUGGGGGACGGGGUGAACCGCUGCAUCCUCUGCGGGGAGCAGCUGGGGCCGCGGGGAUCCGCCUGCGUCGUCUGCGAGGACUGCAAGAAGAACGUCUGCACCAAGUGCGGGGUGGAGACCACCAACAGCCGGCCCCACGCCAUCUGGCUCUGCAAGAUCUGUAGCGAGCAGCGGGAGGUGUGGAAGCGCUCCGGCGCCUGGUUCUUCAAGGGUUUGCCCAAGCAAGUGCUGCCCCAGCCGAUGCCCGUCAGCAAGAACAAGGGACCCCAAGCCCUGAGUGAGCCUAGCUCAUCAGAGCCGCCUGCCCAGGACCCAAAACUCCCCUCCCGUGCGCCCACCCGAGGCCAGGCGGACGCCAGGCCCCCGGCCGAGCAGGACUCCGAUGGCAGCGAUGCGAUGGCGGCUGCCCGGGGGAGCUACGUGGCGCCCGGCCGCAAACCGGCUGAGGGAAGGCCAGGCCCGUGCGGCAGCGAGCACGCCGGCGGGGAUGCCGACAGCCGCGACUACGCUGCCGAGAGCGGGGUCAGCAGGAGCCCUGGCGUGAAGAGGACCAACUCCCUGCAAGCCCCACGGCCGCCUCCACCAGCUACUGCCGGCCCUGGUCCUGGUCCCAGUCCUGGUCCCAGUCCAGCAGCACCCCCAGCGCCGCCGGCAGCGGGAAGACCGGGUCCCGGGGUGGCCAGCCGGUUCCCGGAGAGACAAGCGAGCCCACCGCUGGGACCCCAGCCGGCCCGCGCCGCUGCCAGGGAGGAGCGAGGAGGGGGCUACGCCGUGCCCCCCGCCAGAGAGGAGAGGCCAGCCUGGCAGCCCCCCGCCUUCCCGCAGCCCCCCAUCCCGCCGGCACCAGCCGCCCCGCUGCGGCAGCCGCCCCAGGAGGAAGAGGAGGAGGAUGCCAACAGCUACGACUCUGAUGAAGGCACUACGCUGGGAGCGCUGGAGUUCAGCCUGCUCUACGACCAGGAGAACAGCUCCCUGCACUGCACCCUCAUCAAGGCCAAAGGCUUAAAGCCAAUGGACUCAAACGGCCUGGCGGAUCCCUACGUCAAACUGCACCUCUUGCCUGGAGCCAGCAAGUCAAAUAAGCUGAGGACGAAGACGCUGCGCAACACCCGUAACCCCGUGUGGAAUGAGACCCUGGUGUACCACGGCAUCACAGAUGAGGACAUGCAGAGGAAAACCCUCAGGAUCUCCGUGUGUGAUGAAGACAAAUUUGGCCACAACGAGUUUAUUGGAGAAACUAGAGUUUCCUUGAAAAAACUCAAAGCCAAUCAGAAAAAGAACUUCAACAUCUGCUUGGAGAGAGUAAUACCAAUGAAGCGUGCUGGAACGACCGGCUCAUCCCGUGGGAUGGCACUGUACGAAGAGGAGGUAGAUCGUGGCGGGGAUGUGGAGGAGCGUGGGAAGAUCCUCGUGUCCCUCAUGUACAGCACCCAGCAGGGCGGCCUGAUUGUCGGCAUCGUACGCUGCGUGCAUUUAGCAGCCAUGGAUGCCAACGGAUACUCAGACCCUUUCGUUAAACUUUGGCUGAAACCUGACAUGGGAAAAAAGGCCAAGCACAAGACACAGAUUAAGAAGAAAACAUUGAAUCCUGAGUUUAAUGAGGAGUUCUUCUACGAUAUAAAACACAGCGAUCUGGCCAAGAAGUCACUGGACAUUUCUGUCUGGGAUUACGACAUCGGCAAAUCGAAUGAUUACAUCGGUGGCUGUCAACUCGGCAUUACGGCUAAGGGGGAGCGCUUGAAACACUGGUAUGAAUGUUUGAAGAACAAGGACAAGAAGAUUGAACGCUGGCACACCCUCCAAAAUGAGAACCACAUUGCCAGUGAUUAAAGGGAGCCGCUGCCCGAACCUCCCCAAACGGCCCAUCCUCUGCCAAGCCCCUGUAGAUCUCUGAUGUCCGUCUUCCAGCGCAGUCAUGCCUUGCUACACACCUCUGGUCCCAGGGCAGCAACGCUCUUCUGCCUCCUCCAAGCAUCCUCUGUGCCCUGUCCUCACCUCCACCUGAAAACUAACCCAGAUCUUUUAUAUUCUCUUCCUUUGGUUUUUUUUGGGGGGGAUGUCACUGAAUUAUCCUGGUGUGUAAUUUUGUCAAGCAAUAGUUACCCUCUGACUGUUCCUCUUUCUCACUAGUCUCACGCGCGCCGUGAUAGCGUUCCUGUUGUGUGUGUGAUGCUCUGUGUUCCUCCAGCCUCCGCUCGCGUGGCUCGUCCCAUCAC